UUCGUUGUUGUGCAGAGAGGAGAGCCAUUAUCUGCUAACAAUGUUGUCAAGAAAUUGCAGAAUUACAAAGGGUGGCAGGACAUGGAGAUGAACUUGUUCUGGCUUAGCAUAGGAGUCGUUAGCUUGCUAAUAGUUCAUUUUGUACUGUUAGUAUUUUUAAGAUGGAGGAUAGGGACAGCAGCUCAAGGAAUACUUUCAGUUCCGAGGUUCGAGCUCCUUCUUUUAAUUCUCAUGCUUCCCUGUAUCUCUCAGUCUUCUGCAUUUGUAAUAAGAGGUGGUACAACAGAGGGGAUUAUCGUUGGAGCUUUGUUGCUAGCCAUCCCUGCAGCAUUUAUUUUAUCUGUAUGCCUUUUCCUCACAAUUGCAGUCUUCACUGGCAGUCUUGCUCAAUACAAAGAAAUCAGACAUGCCUCUACAGAGGAGCAAUGGCAUAAGGAACUGUGGUUCUUCUUUGUGGGGAGGCCUGCUUGUGGAAAAUGGUUUUAUAUGGAUGGAUUACCUUCAUCAUUCCUUUCUCGCUUUGGCAUUCUAUUAGAGGAUAAGAAGGGUCCUCCAGUGUUUGUUUUUGUUGAUCAGAAUGACACAAACACUAUGCCUAGGUGGGUUGGAAGUGGCCUAAAUGGAAUUGGAAGAAUGAGGGCUGUCAGCUCAGAUGACAGCCAUGAUGAAAAGAAAAUUCCCUUGUCUAUCAAGUUCUUAGGCUGUGCUAGAUCUUCCUAUAUUAUUCUUGAUCUUUUAAGAAGAGUCUGCUUGGGAGUAAUAGCUGGAUCCUACUCAUCACACAGAUCAAGCCAAAGCCUUUGUGCAUUGACAAUCACACUAGUACAGUUCAUAUGUUUAUUCACUCUCAAACCACACAUCAGAAGAGGAGUUCACAUUGUGGAAAGCAUUUCUCUGUUAAGUGAGGCUGGAGUCUUCGGUCUGUCCAUGAGCAUGAAUGAAUCAAAUUCAAUUAGAGCAGAAACUUUGGGAUUUCUAAUGCUGGCUCUCCUUCUCCUUUCCUUUGUUUCUCAGCUUGUAAAUGAGUGGUAUGCACUGAUAAAAUGCCUUGUUAAUCUCUGUCAGCCACAUCAGGGUUCUUUUAAACUUGGGUUGAAGUUUGCUGCGAAGGGUCUUCUGUUGCCUUUCCUCCCAAGGAAGCAUUGGUCAAGAGUAAUAACUGGUUCUUCACAACCAAAAUCGGUCUUAUUACAGGAAACUGAAUUUGUAAGAAGCAAUCAAAGGGAACCUCGUGUUGGCCAAUUAAGUUCCAUGACUGCAACAGUAGUCCCCCUGGUUAGUCCUGGUUCACCAAUUAUUCAAGCAACAGACACAACUGCAGAGACAAGUCUUGCUGUGCAAAAACCAGGGGCAAGCACUCGGGGAAAGGGACUUAAAUUUGAUCCAAAGGAUGAUAUGAAGAAACUAAGGGAGUUGGCAAAGGCCAGUUUCUCUGGGCAGUCAAAGGAUGAGGAAACUAACACCAGCAGCCAUAGAUGAAACCUCAACUUCUAAAGCUAUGAAGUGAUGUAUAAAUUGUUAUGGCUGCAGGAAACAUCUUUUUGCUUCCGUAGAAUUGUAUCUGGCCACUGAUAUAUUUAAUUUAUAAUCUAUUAUUAAUCCUGUAUUUGGUCACAUCAGAUCAGCUAGCAUUAGAGAAUUUGACAUCCAGCAAAAAGUUAUCAGUAAAGCACG